AUGUUUGUGAAGUGCCCAAGAAAGUGCCACCUGUACCGUAUCGUCGUUGUCGGUGAAGGCACCGUGAGGCCUGUCUGCAGGUUCCAGGUCAGGCAUCCAACUAGAGUUUGCAGUGUGGGCGACUCGGAGUGGCUCCCAAACGAGAACGAGGCAAGACGAGGAAAAAGAUGGCCUUGCCAACUACCGCUGCAGGGCAGUGGCGUGAUAGAAUUGAACUCUGAGCUGGCCGCGAGCAAAGUCAACGCUGGCGAGCUCACCAUCCUCCUCGGUGAAGGGAUUCUUAGGAAGACAUCUUUCUCACCAACCGCCAUGUUGAACAUCGCAUCCCGCUCUCUGCUCCGUUCCUCUGUCCGACUUGCUCAUCCCAAUGUCGCCAGCUACGUACCUACACGCUCCGUUCUGACGUUGAGCAAAACAAACUACACAGCGCAUGCAACGGCGACAGGUGCAGGGCGUAAUGGAGAAGUCUCUUCAGGAGGACUCGACCUAAAGCUCGCUUCACCCGGAAGCUCGAGGGCGGGACAGAACCCAGAGCAACUCUUCGCCAUGGGAUAUGCAGGGUGCCUCCUCGGCGCCAUCCAGUUCGUAGCAGGUGGCUUGGGAAAGAGCGAAAUGGCUAAGAAAGCUGUUGUCCAUACCAGUGUGUCUCUGGGUGACGCGGAAGGCUUGGGAGGAUUUGGAAUCGCGGUUGACAUUAAAGUUGAGGGUGUUGACGAUGAACUGUUGCAGGCUGGUCAUGCUUUCUGCCCGUACAGCCGUGCGUUGAAACACGGUGCUGUUGUGAACAUCUCCAAGGCUUGA